GCCAUUGACAGGGACGUGGGGCGUGGCAGGUAAAUAGUUCCCCCUAUUCCUCCUAUUGACAUAGGCGAAAAGGCUUCGUCAAGAUGGUUGUACUGGCAGAAAAAGACAGACCUGUUGCUCAGAUGUUACUGAAUUCUGGAACAUGUCCCCGCUGUAUUUUCAGAUUCUGUGGUGUAGGAUUGCAGACUUCCUACAGGGAACCUCAUAAGGAUUUAUUUCAUGAACUAUGCAAGUUUCUGGAGAGCAAAGAAGAUGAAAAUAUAUUAUCUUGUGAAAUGGCUAAUCCCCCAUGUAAAAAGAUUAAACUGGAAAAUGCUAAUGGAAUUAAAGAUCAAAACCCAAAUGGAAGCCAUGAGCUAAACAAUAUGAACGAUGACGGAAGUGAUGCUCCAGCAAUUGAAAACUUAAAUCCAGUUGUGUGCAAUAUAUGUUUGGGGAUUCUACAGGAUCUUUGUGAAAUAGAUUUUGUCAAAGCUGUAUGCCACAAGAUUAAUUCCUCUGAAUAUCAGUUUUCCAGUUUUGUGUUUUCAGUGUCAUUCCCACCACAACUUUCAGUCAGAGAGCAUGCAGCAUGGCUGCUGGUGAAAGAAGAAAUGGGGAAACAGGGCCUAUCAAUUGGAAAAAAUGACUUUGUUCAGCUGAAAGAAGCUUACAAAUGGCUUAUUCAUCCCCUGUUCUUGGAGGAGUUGGGAGUCCCUGCUGAUGGAAAGAGCCUGUUUGAAGUGCGUGUUGUAUUUGCUCAUCUAGAGACAGAUGAAGAUUGCUGUUUUCUAGCUUCAGUGUGUCCAAACUGCUUCAAACCAGCCAAAAAUAAACAGUCAGUCUUCACCAGAAUGGCUGUGGUAAAAGCUUUGGAUAUGAUUGAUGAAGAAGAGUUUCAUAAGAACUAUCCAUCUCCUCCACGUUCACCUAAAACUCCUUGCACAGCUAUUGACAUUCAAUGCAACAAUGGUGCCAUUUUUGUGGCUGGAAGAUACAAUAAAUACUCAAGAACUCUACCUCAGACGCCCUGGAUUAUAGAUGGAGAGAGGAAGAUGGAAUCAUCUGUAGAAGAAUUGAUCUUGGAACAUCUCAUGGCUGCCUUCAAAGCAGAUAGUUUUAAUUUUUCAUCCUCUGGAAGGGAAGAUGUGGAUGUGAGAACAUUAGGCAGUGGAAGACCCUUUGCAGUUGAGCUAGUUAAUCCUCGAAAAGUCCAGUUGGCUGCAGUAGAAAUGAAGGCGCUUCAACAGAGGAUCAACAGUUCUUCAGACAAAGUCCAAGUUCGUGAUUUACAGCUUGUCAACAGAGAGGCCAUUGUACAUAUGAAAGAAGGGGAAGAAGAGAAGACCAAGUCCUACAGUGCCUUAAUAUGGACAGAGAAAAUGAUCCAAAAAGACGACAUCACAUUUCUAGACUCAAUGAAGGAACUAAAGCUUGAUCAAAAAACGCCAUUACGUGUACUUCAUCGGCGGCCACUAGCUGUCAGAGUUCGUAUCAUCCACAGCAUGCAGUCUGAGUACAUAGAUGAGCACCAUUUCCGUCUUCAGUUGAAGACACAAGCGGGGACUUAUGUUAAAGAAUUUGUACAUGGAGAUUUUGGUAGAACCAAGCCCAAUAUUGGUUUCCUGUUGGAGACAACUGCAGACAUCUUGGAGCUGGAUGUAGAGUCUGUGGAUGUUGACUGGCCACCAGCUCUAGACGAUUAAGAAGCAAUUUUAAUUUUCAAGAUGGGGGAAAGACAUAUCCAUGGCAGGAUUUAGAGCACUGUGGGAAACAUUUUAUAAGCUAGCUGGAUGACUUUCCUGGAUUUUUGUAAACCAUUUUAGAUCAUGUUGAUCUGCCCAAGAAUGAUUUGUUUUUAAUUAAAAAGAACUCUCAAAUUGAUUUACACAUUUUAGAAAUAAUGCAUUUCCGUUUGACCCCAUUACCAAUACAAUAUAAAUUGGUACCUAUGUAGUACGGAUACAGAUCCUCACCGAGAAAGAAUAAUUUUGCAAAGGGGAAGAUUAAAACCUGAAAAGUAAUGCUGCAUGACAAGCAUAUUUAAAGACUUUUUACCAGAAAAAAAGAGGAAAGCCCAUUUUGUUUAGCAAUAUCUUUUCAGUGCAGGUCAAUUACACAUAUCCUUGUGCUUGCAUGUCUUAAAGCAGCCCUCUUUUACUAGGUGCUUUCCAGAUGUGUGGGACAAUUUGACUAGAAUUUCCAGUUAGCACCAUUAUUGUUGCUGGGAAUUUGGGAGUUCAAGAGAGGCCAAUUGGGCAAGGCUAACGUACACUAUUGGGACCAUUUUGGUAAAUUCAGCUACUUUAUCGUUUUUUCUUCUUAUACUGCCAAUAAAGCAACACAUAGAAGAAAGUAGCUCAUUGACUAUAGCAAAAUUUAGGAAUACUAUUUGUACAUAAUAGAAUUCCAGAUCCAAACCAGAAAAAAAGCAAUAAGAUACCUAUUAGGGAACCCUAAUAAUUCUUGUGGCUGAGCACUGUUGAAUACUGAAGUUUGCAAAGUUGCUGAGUCAUCAGCAUGCAAUCCCAAUAAAAACAUGUUGCAGAUUACUCCUGUAUAAGUUUACUCAAGACGUAUGGCUGCUGUUCCUGGGGAAGUGUCCCUGUGCAUCAUUAAUUGGAGGAAAGAGCAAGCCUGAUUGCAUUCGGAGCAACUUGUAUCUGAGUAAUGGUAUCUCCCAAUGAUACAUAGGAUUGCUCAUACAAUCAAUAUGGACACAGCCUUUAAAAAAUACAUCCCCCUAAAGGAAGAUGUGUUUACCUUUUUCAGUAUUAAUGCUAAAAGGAGGAACCUGUUCCAUAAGACGUCUUUGAGGUUUUCAAGGAGUAAUGUCAGCAUUAAGGUUACAACUCCCCCCCCCUCAUCCCCCAGAUCAUGUAAAGUACAAAGAAAGUUCUGAUAUGAAGUAAAAGAUUGUGAACCAAAAAUGUCCAGAACUUUUAUAAGAAAAUAAAUAGUUUUUCUUUCAAAA